UUCAUGACAUUCAGGUAAAAUUUUAUUGUUUACCAAUAAGAAAAGUAGAAUGCAUAAACUUAUCAAAAAAUAUAAAAUUUUCAAUGAGUUUUUGGUUUACGUUAACAAUGGAAAAGGUUGUCAACACAAAAUUAGUACAGCGGCCACUUUAAGUGCUAUUAAAUCUAUGAACAUUUUUGAUAGAAAUGUAAAAAAACUUCAAAAGGAAAGAGCAGCAGCAAGUCCUGAUGUUAACCUAUAUGAUUACUUGAAAGAGGAAGUUGGUUUCCGAUUAUCUGAUAGAAUUUUCGAUAUUAAGCGAGAAUUUGAAAAGGCAGUGGAUUUGGGAUGUAGUCGAGGAUAUUUGUCCAAACAUAUUUUAGCGGAAACAGUUAAACAGUUAAUUUUGUGUGAUACAAGUUCUAAAAUGCUUGAGCAAGCGGAAAGUACACCAGGAUUAAAAAUUACUAAAUUAGAAAUGGAUGAAGAAAAGUUGGAUUUUGAGGAAAAUUCUAUAGAUAUAAUCAUGUCGAAUUUAAGCUUGCAUUGGGUAAAUGAUUUGCCUGGAUGCUUUUCUAAAGUAUUACGGUGUUUAAAACCAGACGGCGUUUUUAUGGCAUCUUUAUUUGGUGGUGAUACUUUAUAUGAAUUGCGUUCUUCGUUACAACUUGCUGAACUCGAACGUAAAGGUGGUAUAGCUCCGCAUAUUUCACCAUUUACACAAAUUCGUGAUGUAGGCGGCUUAUUAAAUCAAGCUGGUUUUACAAUGCUCACUAUUGACACGGAUGAGAUAGUAGUUGGCUACCCAACAAUGUUUGAGCUUAUGUACGAUUUAAAAGGUAUGAGUGAAAAUAAUGCAGCUCUUAAUCGUCCCUUACAUUUAAGCAGAGACGUCAUGAUGGCAGCUGCAGCAAUUUAUAACGAAAUGUAUCAAAAGGAAAAUGGUGUCUCUGCCACAUUUCAAAUUAUUUAUUUCGUUGCUUGGAAGCCGGGGCCCAAUCAACCACAAAGCUUACCAAGAGGUACUGGCGAGGUGUCCUUGAAGGACCUGGGAAAGGUAAUUGAAGAAGGAGCUAAAAAGAGUAAAAACUUAAAAGAGUAAAAUCGUGGUAUUAGGAAGUUGGAUACGCUUAUUUACAAAUAGAUUUUUUAGAAAAACUUGUAUGUAUUUUUAUUUACUAUCAAAUGUAAUUUAUUUUGUAUUAUUGAUGGGCAAUGCAUAAUAUGUAUAUCACGAUAAAACAGGAUGAGAAAACUGUUUUACUCACUAAUUAAAGUACAUAUUUGCUAAUGGUAUAAAAAUGAAAAUAAAAAUUACGAUUAUCUAUUGCGAUAUGAAAAAAUUAACUUAUAUAAUUAUAUUACUUACUUUAAAAAAAUAAAAUAUUGAACUAAUUUUAUUUUUUAUAA